AUGGCGAUUCAAAACGAACCGGCGAAGGUCAGGUGGGGAGAAUUGGAAGAAGACGACGGCGAAGAUCUCGAUUUUCUGUUACCUCCACGGCAGAUCAUAGGUCCUGACGAAAACGGAAUCAAGAAGGUUAUCGAGUACCAGUUCGACGAUGAUGGUAAUAAGGUUAAGAUCACAACAACCACUCGCACCCGCAAACUCGCCAACGCGCGUCUCAGCAAACGCGCCGUUGAACGCCGUUCGUGGCCGAAGUUUGGAGAUGCUGUUCAGGAAGAUGUUGGUGCUCGCCUCACUAUGGUCUCCACUGAAGAAAUCGUUCUCGAACGCCCCAAACCUCUUGGUUCCAGCAAGGAGGAUGCGAAUAUUGAUCCAUUGGCUUCUUUCAACAAAGGUGCUGUUCUUAUGGUGUGCAGGACUUGUGGGAAGAAGGGAGACCAUUGGACUUCAAGAUGUCCAUAUAAGGAUCUCGCACAGCCAUCUGAGGGCUUUGUUGAUAAACCUCCAACUGCAGAUGGUGCUGCGGCUCCUGCUGGUUCGACUAAGGGUACAUAUGUACCUCCUAGCCUGAGAGAAGGUGCUUCAAGGACACAAGGGUCAGACAUGAGGCGGAGGAACGAUGAGAAUUCUGUUCGGGUAACCAACCUCUCGGAGGACACAAGGGAGCCUGAUUUGAUGGAGCUUUUCAGGCCUUUUGGUGCUGUGAGCAGGGUCUAUGUUGCUAUAGAUCAAAAGACUGGCAUGAGUAGAGGCUUUGGCUUUGUUAACUUUGUCAGCAGGGAAGAUGCUCAGCGGGCUAUCAACAAACUCAAUGGAUAUGGCUACGAUAAUCUCAUUCUUAGAGUUGAAUGGGCCACCCCUAGAACAACCUAA